GAUCCCAAACCACGACACUCGACGUGACGCGACGAGACAUCUUUGUGACGCGCACGAAUGAGCCAAUCGAACGAAAUCACGAACCGUGACAAGCGACCAGCGCAAGCUCGGCUUGCUUAGAGGUUCACCUGGGAGAAAGGAGGUAAGAGCAGAGGGACCAGGGCAUCACAACACUAUCCAAUAUGGUCAACUUUACCUGUCCGGCGGACCCGGUCAUGCCCAAGGACCCGGUCCCUUUCAUCAGUAAUGGGAACAUCAACUUCAAAGCCCAUGAUGUCGGCUGGCUCGUCACCAUUUUCUUCACACUGGUGGCCACAUUCGCCUCCUUUUGGCUCAUCUUCAAACACCUCACGUACUACACGUGUCCGCUACAGCAGCGGCACAUUGUGCGCAUGCUUUUUAUGGUACCCAUCUACGCCAUCGUCUCGUGCUUCAGCUACCUGUUCUAUCAGGAGGCGAUCUACUAUCAGACCAUCCGCGACUGCUACGAGGCAGUCGUCAUCACCAGUUUCUUCUACCUCUUCCUGCAGUACCUCGGUGACACGCGCGCAGAACAGCAUGCCGUCUUCAAGCAGGUCAAGCUCAAGAAGUGGAUGUGGCCCAUGGGAUGGCUCAAAGCCAAGCCAAAAACAGGUCUGGGCUUUCUGUGGGUAAUGAAGAUCUGCAUCCUGCAGUACGCCGUCAUCCGGCCCGUCUGCACACUCGCAGCUGUGGGCCUGCAGUACUUUGGUCUGUAUUGCCUCAACAGUUUUAUGCCUUGGUUCGGACACGUGUGGAUCAGCGCCGCCAUCUCCAUCUCCGUCUCUGUGGCCAUGUUCUGCAUUCUGCAGUUUUACAUGCCGCUCAAGAAGGAAUUGGCACCGUAUCAGCCAGUUCUCAAAUUCCUUGCCGUGAAGUCUACCGUCUUUCUGACCUUCUGGCAGGACUCGUUGCUCUCCAUCCUCGUCUUCUUCAAAGUGAUCAAGCCCUCGCAGUACUUUUCCGCAACCGAGGUCCAAGUCGGCAUCAAUGCCCUGCUCGAGACAUUUGAGAUGGUUAUCUUUGCCUUCUUGCACAUCAAAGCCUUCAACUACCGCGUCUACCGACCAGCCGACCAGAAGCGCACGACGAGUCGUUGGCGUGCACUAUGUAACGUGCUCGAUUUCAGGGACUGGUUCUUUGAGAUGAAGGACUCUACGAUCUACCUCACACACAAGGCACAGGGGCGCACCUACUCGUACGUGGAGGAUGUGCGCGCGCAAAAGUACAAGAUCUUGCAGGAGGCAAUGGGACGCGGACGCGACGAGGAGCUGCUGAGACAGAUCGAGCACGAGCGCGAGACGUUACCAGCGUUUUGGAAGAAGGGCAGCGAGAAGGAGGGGCAAGGGGACGACGGAGCUCAUGGCAACGACGAGACGAACGUCGGCGACUUGGAUAUCGAAAAGCUCGGCGCACGCUCCAUUCCUGUUGGUUGCAAUAAAAUGGCCACCAAGGCAGAUAGUAGAAGUGGCAAGAACAAGAGCGGCAAGAUGCUCACCAACGCUUCUGACUCUCCGCUCGUCAAACUCGAGGCUCUUGGACCACCAGAGGGACCAGGGGGAGAAGGAGAGGGGGACGAAGAAGAUGGGCUACUUGAAUACGCAGCGCGCAUUAGCAAACUUGACGCGCUGCUAAACCCCGAGUCCAAUAGGCAAAAACAGCAUCCUGAGCUUACGCUCUUCCACAGGCCUCCGGUCUUUGAUGGCGAGUUGGGACCGGCCGACCCGCAGCUCGAGGAUGACUGGCGUGCCCAUAGCCUGUGGAGCGAGGUGUACGAUAUCCGGAAAGGGAAGAAGGAUGAACAACGCCACUCAAGGAAUGACGAGAAGGAUGAGGGAGAUGGGCACAAGAGGGAGCGCAGCUGGUGGCGCAGCUUGCGCGAUCGCCUUUCUGGCUCGUGGGGCGGGGAGGGCGGCACGCAGGACAAAGACGCCAUGGAUGAUGCGGCGGCUGAAAAGGUCCCAAUCAUCCAGGAGGAAGAAGAGGUCGACGAGGCGAGCGAGCAUCCGUUGCCGAACGCACGGAGCAAAGAGGGCUUCGUGGCGGACCCGUCACGCUUUGCAUUCGAGUCGCCGCUCGACGCGCUCAUGGCCACAGCAGCGCGAGGCGAGAAGCCUUCUGUGCGUGCGGGCCGAGCCGGCGUGGGGAGCGGGUUUGGCGGCACAGGUGUACGAGCAGCAAGCGAAGAGAAGCCAGAGCAGGCGCCGUAUUUCAUGCCACUUCCAGUUUCGCGGGCUGUACCCAUACCUGUCUCCGUGCAGGUCUCGUCGUCAGCUGCACUUCAGCACGUACAGUCCACCGUCGCUUUGCACCGGAACGACUCGCUAGCGGUGCAAUCGUCUAAAGUGGCAAGCUUGUGCGCUUACACAAGCACUUCCGCUUCGCAAGGCGGGCCUAUCGAGCGUUUCGCCAUGAGUGAAGCCAGAGCCACUAUCGCUAAUACCGGUGCUGGUGCUGCUCCAGCGGCUCAACCUACUCAGCUGCCUCACGUCCCAACUGAACCGAGCGCGGUCGGGGUAGGCUCGAUUCGAUGGGCGCCUCAAGACACACCGCGCGAGAUGCAAAAGGAGGCUUUGGCUGCAAAGGCCGCUUCCAGUGUAGCUGGCGACCGCAUCGGCUGGGGUGCCAAGUCAUGGCAGCCGUCCCAAGGCACUGCAGUUGGGCCCAAAGGCAUGAAGAUCAACCUCGUCAUGCCCGGCUCACUCUCGGGCUCAUCAACUCCUGCUUCUUCAAAACCGGCAGUAGCAUCCACAUCACUUCCCAUUGCACCGUCUAUGCUGCCAAAGUUGGCGGUCGAGGUUCCCCAUGCGCAGGCACAGCAUGUUCCACAAUCGCGCCCCAGCCUCGACCUUCGUUCGCAAAACACCGCUGCGUCGCCUCCUUCGCGCAGCGUGCCACCGCACAUUAGCAGAAUCGAGCAGUGGUGCGGCCAGGCUGCUGUCAUCCCGUCCAGCAUGCCCAUCGACCAGAGGCAGAGCGAGCUAUCACAGCCAAGGGCUCGCUCUAGCUCGCAGUCGCAGCUGCGCGGUACUCAUGAACAGCAGUCACAGCGGACAUCGGUGCAGGAGCGUGCGCUGCCAUCUGUACAACCGCGGCCCGGUGGCGAGAGUGCAGGGAAGGCGCCGCAUCACAUGCUGAACCAUACGGAGACAGGCCGGGCCCGGCGAACAAGCGCCCCUCCGGCACCGAAUGUCAAAGUGCAGGCGGCCGAGCCUCAGAAGCGCAAAGGCAAGGAUAAAGAUCGGUACAACACCACGACCGAUAUUCCCGCUCCUUCGCAGAUGGGUCAGCAGGUAGCUGACGAGGAUCCAUUCGCGGCCGGUGCGCAUGCGUUGGAAGCCGAUGCCACUCCUGAAGAGUCACCCAAAUCAGCCCGCGUGAUAGCGUCGACGAAGGCGACCAGCGGGCCAAAGCAUCCUCACCUCUCUUGUGUGCAGGCAGCGGGCGGUUCCGCUUUUGCCGUAGGCAGCAUUGUCACACCCCGUGCGCUUGCACAGGCCUCCGCACUACCGCAUCACCACUUGCAACAACAGCAAAUGCAGAUGCGUAUGAAGCCGACAUCGCCAUCGCAGCCGUGCUAUGGCCAACCGCUCUCGCCGAUGCAGGGCUCGAGUCUGCACCGCGGCGUGCCGUCUCCGCAAGCUGCAUACGCGCAUCCUAGCAUCCGAACAUCACGGCAGGCAUCUAUGCCGACCCCAUCGGCAUAUCACCGGCCGCCUGCAUUGCCCCACGCGCCAUCGCAACGGACGCAAGGCUUGCAGCACUCGAACCAGAUGCACAACCGCUACACUGGCGAGCCGACCCGGAGUGGUCGCUCACAGCCCCACCAACAGCAACAAGAUAGGCCUCCGCAGCGGCCAAGGCACAGCAUGCCGCCGGCCACGCCUGCGCCCAAAGCUGGGCAAUUUGGACGGAUAGAAUACAUCGACUAACAACUCGCACGAUCUUCAUAUACCCCACCCUGU